CGAGCAUUUCUCAUCUCCUCAACGACAAGUCCCAUCUUCAAUUCGAGACAGUCGCCAUGGGUCGCGUUAUCCGCAACCAGAGGAAGGGCCGUGGCUCCAUUUUCACGGCCAACACCCGUCUCAACAAGGCCCCGGCCCAGUUCCGUACCCUUGACUACGCUGAGCGUCAUGGAUACACCCGUGGUGUCGUGAAGGAGAUCAUCCACGAUGCCGGCCGUGGUGCUCCCCUCGCCAAGGUCCAGUUCCGCCACCCCUACAAGUUCAAGAUGGUCACCGAGACCUUCAUUGCCAACGAGGGCAUGUACACCGGCCAGUUCAUCUACGCCGGUAAGAACGCUGCCCUGACCGUCGGCAACGUCCUUCCCCUCGCCUCCAUGCCCGAGGGUACCGUCAUCUCCAACGUCGAGGAGAAGGCCGGUGACCGUGGUGCUCUUGGCCGUACCUCCGGUAACUACGUUACCGUUAUUGGCCACAACCCCGAGGAUGGCAAGACCCGUGUCAAGCUCCCCUCCGGUGCCAAGAAGGUCAUCAAGAACACCGCCCGUGGUAUGGUUGGUAUCGUCGCCGGUGGUGGCCGUACCGACAAGCCCCUGCUCAAGGCUUCUCGUGCCAAGCACAAGUUCGCUGUCAAGCGCAACUCUUGGCCCAAGACUCGUGGUGUUGCCAUGAACCCCGUCGAUCACCCUCACGGUGGUGGUAACCACCAGCACAUCGGUAAGGCUUCGACCAUCUCCCGCUACGCUGCCCAGGGUCAGAAGGCCGGUCUCAUUGCCGCCCGCAGAACUGGUCUGCUCCGCGGUACCCAGAAGACCAAGGAUUAAGCGUGAUGUUACGUGGAGUUUUUCUUGUGACGGGUUGAAAAUGGACUUCUGCAAUGAGACAUAUGUAUCUAGGCGACAGCGGAUAGGCGUCCCAUGCGCCCUUAGCGAAUUAAGGUUGUGGCCACCAUCCUUCUUACUGGUCGAGCA